UCAUCUCCCCCGGCUACGACACAUCCUGAAGAUGAACAUGCGUCCGGAACAACUUAGUGGACCGUGGGAUAGACGAUCAUGAACAACGACACGCGCCAAGCCUCCGGGGGCGCCAGUAAAUCCAAGCGACGUCUAACAGAGGCCGACGAGGAGCCCAAACAGACCCCGGCGGCAGACGAUCUCGCCUCCAAUCCCAAACGCCAACGGGUCUCACGCGCUUGCGACAGCUGUCGCUCCAAGAAGGACAAAUGUGACGGCGUGCAACCCGUUUGUUCGACCUGCGCCUCGCUCUCGCGGCCAUGUACCUACAAGGCCAAUCCCAAGAAACGCGGCCUCCCGACCGGUUACAUUCGGACCCUUGAGCUGCUAUGGGGGCUCGUCUUCAACAAGAUCCAGGGCAGCGAGGAGGUGGUGCGCGCGCUGUUAAGGGCCGCCAAUAUCCCAAGCCACCUCGCGACCAUGGGCAAGGAAGCCGAAGGGUCCGACACCUUGCUCUCGUCCUGGAAGAACAGUAUCGUUCUCAAGGAGAUCGAGCGGCUUUUGACCUAUCUGGAGCAACCGGAGGAUGAUCCGGGAGGGAACCGGAUCGCCGGGGAGACCUACUCGCCGCAAGAUGCCGAAGGCAGUAUUGUCAUCUCAUCCGAUACGCUGGAAUGGAAUCUUUCGGACGUGCUGGGAGAUGCGCGAGAAGGCUCAUUGACUGUGGUCUCCCCGGUCAAAACUCCGACAGCCGCAUCAGCGAUGGCGAGGAACACCGCCCUCCGUGUCACUAGAGACACGUCCACCCAGACCACUUCCCCGGCCGAUGCUCUAGUUGAGCUGUCCAACCCUUCGCUCGCUCGCUUGCCCUCCCAUCUAGACCCCAACUCCGACUCAGUCAUGCAGAAGCCCCUCCGGCUUCCCUCGAAUGCAUGGCCUCUCUUCGACAUAUACUUCUCUUAUACACACUGCUGGUUUCCGAUUCUUGAAAAACACGAUAUUCUUCGAACGGCCUUCCGACACAAUGACGAUGAUGAUGUUCUUGUUUCACCUGCUACUCCGGGCUCCGGAGACCACGCCGCCUUGUGGGCGGUGUUGACACUCGCUUCCAUCCAAGGAGCAUCGAUAUCCGCAACCCGUCAGCUGACAGAGUUUUCCGCCGAUCGACCCGACCCCAACCAACUGUAUGCGACCGCAAAAAGUCUCAUCCCCGGAGCUGAUGGGACCCAUGAGUUGGGCCAUGUCCAGGCUCUGAUGAUCUUGUCUCUGGUCAAAAUCGGACAGCAGGACUGGAAAGCCGCGUGGCUGCUGGUAGGACAGGCUGUCCGGGUUGCGCAGAGUCUGGGAUUGAGCCAACCAUCUACAGGGCAAUUGAAAGCCAAUGAGGACGGUAAAAGCGCGGGUCGAUCCAAGCAUAUCUUCUUGGGCUGCUUCAUCUUGGAAACGCUCGUUGCUAUGCAGACAGGCCAGGUGCCGUCGCUUCGCAAAGACGAUCUUUUGAAAAUUGGCCCGGUCAAUGAAGAUGGCUUAGAGGAAUGGCAUCCAUGGGAAGAUCAAACCGGGCUUCGUCCGGUCGAAUCGACUCGAGCAUCUUUUCACCGCGGACCGCUGCACGGACUGAGUACGUUUAAUCGCCUGACCUCGCUGAUGUGCAUCCUGAAUGAUCUGUGCUGCUUGAAGCAGACGUCGGCGGGUCCGACAUCGCAGCUGGAGGCGUUGGAGCGUCAGCUGCAGCUCUGGGUGUCGGCACUCCCAAAGACGUAUCGUGUUGGUGUUCAGGGGAGCCAGACAAAGGUUGCUUCCCCGCAUAUCUUCGCUCUUGAGAUGGUAUACGAGAGCGUCGCCACAAACCUCAGUUUGCAGAUUGCGUCCCAGCGAGACGAUCGCAUGGUUCCUGACAUGCCUUUGAAGAAGCGUGCUAUGGAAAGUUCCAAACGAUUGUUAUCGCUGCUUCAGACCUAUAUGGAGACCUACAGCCUCUCGGCUACGUGUCCAACCUUCGGCAUGAUUCUGACGUUUGCCGCUUUUCCCGCAUCGGAGAGUGAAACCGCACCGCUUCCCUUCGAACUCGACCCGGGUCUGAAACAUAAGCUUCAGUCCUUCUCCGCACAUCUUGCAACCGUCUGGAAUGUGAAUGGAAGGGAUCCCGUCGGGACUAUCCCGGCCGAUAGAGCACCCGAUGCGCCUACGCCUGUAGACGCCGCCGCAAACCGGCAGCGGAGUCUGUCGAACCGAGAGUCGGUAACUCACAACGCUUCCGGUUUUCCCAUGUCGAGCCUGCAGACACCCACUGAGUCCGCUCGCCGAGUAAGCUCGAUGGACGAAUCUCGCUCCAACUUCGCCACGCCCGACGCUUUCUUCUCCCAUGCCUGGAUGAGAACUCCCAAUCUCGAGGAGAAUGUUGCAUUAUCGAUACCAACUCCCGCACCGUCUCUGAACAUCACCACUCAUAGCACGGAGCAACCCCUUCCGCGCUCUCAGCUCAAAGAGCCAAUGUCACACAAUCCGCGCUCCUCCAUCUCUACUUCCAAGCCGAUGAACAGCACUCCCAUGAUACCCGACCUGACCUCUCCAUUCCACCCCACCGGUCCCCAGUACCAGCAACCUUACAGCGACCCCAAUCUUGCAUUCGGUUCCUUUGUGGAUAUUGAAGGAUACGGACCGCGACGACAGAAGAUCGCGCCUGAUCUGGACGCAUUAUUUGACGAACUGGCGUCGCUGGAUGGGACUGAAAAAACCGACAAUCAGCCCGAAUUCAUGCAGAACCUGGGGUUCGUCCCCGAUGCGGGGGUCCCGGAGAUAUACUCGUACUCGACACAGGUGGAGCCGUUCCUCCUGGCCCAGACGCAGCAGCAAGUGCCAUGUUCGGAGCCGGGGGUCGUACGACGGGAGUCGCAAGCGGUUGAGGCUUCCAAACGAUGAUGAUAAGACUCUGGUCUACGCUCCGCUGCUUCAUGGCAGUGUCCGAGCCGAGAGGCUUUGCGAUGCAUUCUCGGCUGGUAAGCCUACAGCUAAACCUCAAUCCAAACCAAAUAAUUGGCGCCAUGGGGGGAGAACCCCCCAUACCCCCCCUUUCUUUCAGCCUCCCCGAAUUUACUCAGUCUAGAUCCGGAGAGUUGCCGUUAUGGGGAAGACCUCCAACCCUCAGUUACCAAG